AUGCAUGCCGGAACACAAAAUAUCUACGACGACCCACAGUUCUUUUCAGCAUACAGUACACUGCAGCGAUCCCAGCAAGGACUCGCUGCAGCACCAGAAUGGCCAUCUCUACGCCGUAUGAUCCUCAGCUCGUCCAGUGAUACCCUCCCACAAUCCCGAAUCCUUGAUCUAGGAUGUGGAUAUGGCUGGUUUGUCCGAUGGGCCCACGAAAAUGGGGCCAGCUACGUCAAGGGCGUCGACAUUUCCGAGAAGAUGAUCGAGAAAGCGAAAUCAUUCGACGCAGAUACAGGGACAACUUUUCCGGGGGAGAUCACCUACGAAAGACGUGAUCUGGAAACCGUCACUCUCGAUGGGAAUCCCAACCGUGAAUCCUACGAUCUCGUGUAUAGUUCUUUGACUUUCCACUACAUCGAAGAUCUUGGUCGAUUGUUUCGGCAGAUCCACUCUUCGCUGAAGAAAGGCGAUGGGUCUGUGAGUGGGAGAUUGGUUUUUUCUGUGGAGCAUCCGAUCUAUUCCGCGCCUGUUCGGCCUGCGGCAGAUUGGAUUGAUGUUGAGGUUGAUGAGGGAGAGGGCAAGGUAUGGCCGUUGAACUCGUAUAGCGAGGAAGGAUUACGCGUUACGAGCUGGCUGGGUACUGAAGGGGUGAGGAAGUAUCAUCGAACGACGGAGACAUAUGUGUCGUUGUUGCUGGAGAAUGGUUUUAUCCUGACGGGACUGAAGGACUGGGCUCCAUCGGAGGAGGAUAUUGCAGCACAUCCGGAGUGGAGUGUUGAGCGUCACCGGCCGUUUUUCUUACUCCUGGUAGCGGAGGCUCGAUAA